AUGAUCCAGAUACUCCAUAUGUUUCUGCAGGAACACAUUUAUGGGACAAUGGCCGACCCUGAUUCGCUUAUCUCUCAGGAUACAUUUUCAGAAUUACUGGCGCAACUAAAUGAUGUGACAGAAAAUGGGAAUUUUACACAGGUGAAUGAUACUACUGAAUUUGAAUUCGGCGGUAAUGAGGUGAAAACGACAUUCCAAAUGGAGAAGUACAUCAUUUCGGGAACUGGCCAGGAAGUGCUUGGUAUUCCUACAUCUCAACAACAGCAGCUUCAACAACAACAGCUGUUACAGCAGCAGAUUCAGGUGUUGCCAGACAGUGCUACAGCUGCUGCAAGCACAAGCCCCAGUCCUUACACUCAGAUGAUUGGCACCCAGGCAACUUCUAUGCCAUCCAACACAGAAUAUCCUGGUCAAUAUGGAUUCGAGGUGUGCUUCGGCAAACAGCAAAAAGAAACCAAGAGCACCACAUGGACGUAUUCCGAGUCCCUCAAGAAGUUGUUUGCCAACUUAGCUUCUCUGUGUCCCAUCAAGUUCAGAUGUUCCAAGAGCCCUCCACCUGGUAGUGUCAUCCGAGCACUUCCGAUCUAUAUGCAGCCUGAGCAUAUACAGGAGCCUGUAUCUAGGUGCCCUAAUCAUAUUACCAAGGAGGAUCCCAAUAGAGACCACAAGAGCCAUCUAAUCAGAUGUGAAAAUCCAAACACAGUGUAUUACACAGAUCAGCUAACGAACCGGGAAAGUCUCACUAUUCCAUUUGAGGAACCUCAAGCUGGGAGUGAUACUUCAGUCAGCUUGUUCCAGUUCAUGUGCUAUUCUUCCUGCGUUGGGGGACUCAACAGGAGACCCAUUCAGAUUAUAUUCACACUGGAGACACCCAUGGGUCACGUUAUAGCCAGACGUGUAUGUGAGGUGAGGAUAUGUGCAUGCCCAGGCAGGGACCGUAAAGCAGAAGAAGAUGGGGCAACUCCUGGCAACAAGAAAUCCAACAAGAAAAGCAAGAAUGUGAGAGUCAACCAAGUAGUGACUACUGUUGGACCACCUGCAAAGAAAAGAAAGCUAGAAGAUGAAGAGGUCUUCACACUCCAUGUGCGGGGACGCGAGAACUAUGAAGUUCUUCUGAAAUUGAGAGACUCCCUGGAGCUAGCAUCCAAAGUUCCCCAACCAGAGGUGGAGAAACACAACAGAGAUUACGAUGAAAUAAACAGAAGGAUGACCAUGAACAGUCAGCUGUCAAUUCCCAGUAGCAGUCAACAAGGCCUCAGUACACCCACUCCCAUUAACCAAGUGUUAGAUAGGCCUCCAUCCCUUGGUCUAGAUAAGCUUCCCUCCUUACCAGGCUUAUCAAACCUACCAAGCAUACCCAGCUUUGGGAUGAGCCAGUUUUUCGACCAGAUUGAUGGGAAACUUGAUGCUCAACCAGCAAAGAUAACUGAAGAUGUACAUAGGAUUAAGAUUGAGCCAGAAGUGACCGAGACCAAUGAGGUAUCCAGUUCACAAUCUCCUUCAACAUCAACCAAUCAGCAAAGUCCACCUAUUACCAGCACACAACCCAUUGAUACUGUAGAAAUGUGGCUGAAGAAUAUUGAGUUGCCUGCGUACAUAGAUAUGUUCAAAACUCGUGGUUACAACUUCAUGUACCAGUUAGAAGAUAUGCAGCAACAGGACUUGGAUAAGCUGAAGAUUGGUGAAGGACAUAGGAGCAAAAUAUGGCGUGCGUUAGUUGAGUACAAAAAUACUCAUGAUAUUAAGGGUUCACAGACUCAAGCCCAAGGACUCUCAAACUCAAGCAAUGCUUCCACUGUGACUAUACCUUCCCAGAGUAGUGGUUAUUGCCCAGGAUUCUAUGAAGUAACUCGAUACACAUUUAAACAUACUAUCUCAUUGAGGAAAGAUGAACAUAACUACUGUGCAAGAAUGGAAGUGACGGAGGAGGAUGAACAAGGUAAUGUUAAGCCCAAAGGAGCAAAAAUGGAUACCUAGCAACAUGAACAAGGUAAUGUUAAGCCUAAAGGAGCAAAAAUGGAUACCUAGCAACAUGAACAAGGCAAUGUAAGCCCUAAAGGAGAGAAAUGGAUGCUUAGACUAGUCCGUUGAGUAAAGGAGAUAGAUUCUGAAUUUUGAAUCUGCCAGUUAAAUCCACAUAAACACACCUGGCAUCCAUGGUGCUAAGUUUGAAAUGAAGUAGUCAAACCUAUGAAUAAAUCCAUAUACAAGUAGCUAGACCGAGAGCAAUGCAUAUGGAGGAGAUUCGUGAUCACUCUGUAUGUCGGUGGGAAGAACGAAGUAACUUCUGAAUCCCUGCAUUUGGAGAGUGAGUUCCAGGCAAAUUAUUUGAUUGAACUUAAAUCAGUCAGCAAUUAUGUAAUACAUGCCUAUCCCAUAUAGUACAAAAACUUCAGAAUUUGGGUCAUUUUCAUUUUUCAGUAAAACUUUGAUUUCACUUGAUAUUAUGGGAUAGUAAGAUCACUCACUGGAUGGGACUGUAUGUUUUUUAUUCUUUUGGAUAAUUGAAAGAGACCUAGUUGGCUGUCUUUAGGAUGUGACUUAUCAUCUAGGCCUGUAUAUGUUAAUGAAGCGUGUAUGUGUAUCUAUGAUAUACAGUAUACUUUU